GUAUUCUUGCUUUUACUGAAGUUGGUUUUCUGCUUACCGCAUUGUAACUGAUUCCACGCUGAACUCUGCUAUUCAAUCUUUGACCGAUAGACCUGACGUUUAUUGCUAUCAAUCUUGAGAAUCGGAGCCCAAAAGAAAAGAUACCAAGCAAGGAGUUUGACUCGGCCUUGUACGAUAAGACACAAAAACAACGACUUGAUUUGAUCCGUGUUCGAUCCAACCCAUUCCAGCCAUGUCGAUGAACACGACACUCGAUACGCUGCAAAAUUCGAAAGUCGAAGAACUCAGGACCGCGAUCGGUUCUUCCUUAUAUUUCGGAAUAGCGUGUCUCAUCGGCUGCAUGAUAUUCUUCGGAGUCGUGAUUCAGUUCGACUUUAUCGAGGACCUGACUCCGCGUGCCGCCAACCGGCCCAAAUCGGUAAUAAAAAAUGCCAUCAUGCACGGGAUUCCCAACAAUACCAGCAAACACAAGAACCAGUUUUACUAUUACCCGAUUGCCUGGAUCAAUUGGGCCUAUAAACUCACCUAUAGAGACUGUAUGUUUGGAAUCCCCGGAACUGGUACCCGAAAGGAUGGAUGGGAGGGGCCCCUCCUCAAAACCAAUUUGGAUGCCGUUAUCUUGUUGCGAUUCCAUGCGCUCUUGUUCAAGAUUGGCUUGCUGGUAGCCGUACUCUGCACCUUUAUCAUUCUUCCAGUCAACAUGACGGCCGGCUGCGAUCCGGAAGUUUUUGGAAAGGGAACAUGUAUGAUCCACGAGCAUCGAAGCCACGGCUUUCUCUUGACGACCAUUUCGCACAUACCCGACAAAUUUGUAGGUUUUGUGUUAGCGUUUGUUUUCACGUUUGCAUUCUGUCGACAUGGCAUGGCUUAGCUCCGUUUGUACGUUUGAUUUGUGGGUUGUGCAUUCCAUACUAACAGAAACUCAACCAAUUCUUCCUCUUUUCGCACGCAAUCGAAGUACUAUGAAAGCUUGGAUGGUAUAUCCGAUGAGGGGCCAGAUAUUAGUACCGGAAGUAUCCUCGCAAGUGUUUUAGGACGUCCCAACAAAGACAACUAUACCGACGAUUUGGAUAGCGAUGAUGAUAGGUUUGAAGAAAAAAGAUCAACGCAAUUGGCCAGAGAUUGGUGGGUCGCAAACCAAACCUGGAGGAUCUGGGCGACGAUGCUAUCUUGCCUGGCUAUUUACGGGUACACCUUUUACUUGCUGACCAAGGAAUGGGUCGAAGUGAUUAACUUGCGGAAGACUUUUUUUUUGGAAGCAAAUCAUUAUGGGCAACGCAUGAGGGAACUCAACAAGUUGGAAAAUGAGCUUUUUUCCAAACGAAACAAAAGUGACGAAGCCAAUCCAAAAAGGCUCAACGAUGGUGAGAAUUCCUAUCGCCGGUGGAUGACGCAUCCUGAAAUACGAGAAGUACCGCCUAGUGUAUCGACAUAUUCCGUGCUCUAUCAGCUACCUAAGUCCAUGGUUACGUGUGGUAAUGAUGGUGACACCCAGGUAGACCGUCAAUUGGAGGCCACAGCAAAAUUUUUUGACGACAUCGUUGCUCCUCAGCCCGGAUACUCCUCCUCGGUGGUGGCUGUGACGGUCAUUCCUGCAAACGCCAGGCUCGUGGCGAUCGCAUGGAACAAGUGGAGUGCAUGCGAAAGGCUAAUCCAAUUGAUUCGGCACAUUCGUAGCUUGAUCGAGGAGAAACAGAGUAAAAAGUGCUGCUGCCCCAACGGAUCGGAGGGUGAAGAAUCCAAAAAAGGGCUAGAAGCUGAAACCAAUGGCGACGAUAUUGAUGUCGAAAGUGGCGACAAUGAAGGUGAUGAACCAACCCAUCCAGAAGCAGUCAAUAACAGCGAUGAUGAUGAUGACGACGAUGGUGGUGGUCAUAAUGCUGACACCGAACUAGUUCAGUCGGACGAAUCAGCUGCAAACAGUCUGGAUCAUGAUGCAUCUAUGAAGAAGAAAGAAUCGCGGAUCGAUCAGGAACCCGACUUGGUUCAAAACCCUGCGAGGGAGCAGAAGCUAGCACGGUUCCGGUACGACGAUUUCGACAUCGCAAAAUAUGCAAAGUCGCUUGGAUUCAUUGCCGAAGUAGACUAUAUGACGGACUUUGUGGAAGGAAUGGGUGUCGAAGAAUUCAGCGUAUUUGCAUACAUGUGUGCACUCAUGGCUGGUGGACCCGGGUUGAAAAAGAAAUUGGUCAAUAUUUGUAGCAUCGAGAAGUUGGAGGCCGAGGAAGCAGAUGCGAAGGAAGCCCUUAGGAAAGCGCAUGAGGAAUUGUUGGAAGCACGGCUCGAUGUUGUGAAUGUGGAAGACGAUGUGAAGUUGGAUUCGGAUGAAUACAACGCAAUUAUUACUGUGGGAAGUGGAGAGAACAUAGAAAUGGAGCACGAAUCAGUGCCAAAGUUUGGACUGUCCCUCAACGACUCAAACCAGUUGGGUCUUUCGAAACACGAGCUCCAGGCGAUGCUUCCGAGUACAGAAGCAAAGACCGCGCCAACCGGAAUGGUGCAAAAAGUUAUUUUCCACAUGAAACGAGUGUAUUUCGGAAUCGAUGAUGCAGCCCCUUCUCUGGAGUAUUAUGGUGUGGAAGAUCACAGUAGAGGGAAUGUAGCAUACAAGACAGACGUCGAGCAUCCUGCAUACGCAGUAGUUACAUUCACAUCUCGCCACUCAGCAGUCAUUGCCCGACAAUGCUUGGCAGAUGGUGGGGCCACGAACAGUUGGAGGCAAAUCGACGACAUCCCUAUAUAUCCUCUUGCCGACGCACCAGCGAUGAUGUGUUUCCCUCGAGGCUGCAUGUAGGUAUAGAGUUUUGUGCAUAUUAUCCGUCGAUUGAAUUGCACUGGUCUUUUCUGGCCGCAUGAUGUUUUCUCACACCACAUUUUUUGUUUCAUCGUGUAUUAUCCGCAGGCGACCAGUUACUCCUACUAUAUCUGUACGGUAGUUUACUUUAACCUGUUCUUCAGCAAAUUGAUUUCUCUUACGCCUUAACUCACGACGUCAUCGCAUCUCCAUGUUUAUAUUCAAUUCCUGUAAAGUUUACGUCGAAGAAGAUUCGUCGUGGGAUGUGAGUAGUUGACAAACUGCCUUCGGUUGGCGUGAGUUUUUUAAUCUGCAUUCGUUCUCACAUUCUCGCUUUUGUAGAAUUUGCACUUUCUUGGUGUUGUUUACGAGUUUUUAUGUCUGGCCUAUCAAUAAAAUCAACAGUUUAAUAAUGAACGAAAAAGUGAUCGUCGGAAGGUUUGGUAUAAGUCCAGAACUCUAUCAAAAGUAUGCUCCUUCUGUUUCGGGUCUUACGCAGGCUCUGCUCUUCAGUGUUUGCCCAAUGAUUUUCAGAUUCGUUGCAUCUUGUGAAGGGUCGGCAAGUAGCAUGCAGAAAGCAGAGCAAAGAGCUCUGAUUUUCUUCUGGUAUUUCUACCUCAUAGCUCGUUUUAUGGGACAAAUAUUGUUUGAGGCAAUUACUAAAUUUCUUCAAGGCCGUACGUACAUUUUUAUUAUUUUGAAAGCGCGAUAUUGUCGAUCAUUUUUUCAUGUUCUAACCUACUCUGAUACCUCAAAAUGGCCCGCAGAAACUAGUUCAGUAGAAAAAGUUGUGACGAGCGCGCUUUCUGACUUAGCGAAAACUGUUCCCGAAAGGUUGGGACCUUUUGCGUUGUCAUACGUGAUUUUCAUCUCAACGAUCUCUUGGCCUUUGCUUUACUUCUUGCAGUUGAACAACUAUCUCACCACAAUUUUCAGACUUGGUUGGAUCAAUCGCCUACUCAAGGGAGGGUAAGAUUCAUUUACCUUUGCACAUGCUGCUUUCGCACGAGAUCAACCGGUUGCUAAAUAUCUACUGUAUAUUUCUCCAUUACUUUUCCUUUAGUGGACCUGCGGCGGAAAUUCCUUAUCGCAUCUAUGUCGAUCAUGGAUACAUUUUGGCAUGUAUGACAUCCUUGGCGCCACUGUGUCCUCUGCUUGGGCCAUUCGCUCUCAUGUAUUAUGUCAUCCUAGCACCAAUGCUCCGGUGGUUGGUGGUUUUUGCGUACAGACCAAGAUGGGAUGGGGGCGGUGACAAAUGGCCGCAAAUUCAUCACAUUAUUGUGACCUCUUUGCUUUUAGGCCAAGUAAGUCCAAAAUACAUUAUGGACACCUCUAUCGUUCGCAACUAACCUCACGACAUUUGAAUUGCUUGUCUCUGUCUUCCAAAUUGAAAGAUAAUAACGUCAAUUAGCUUUUUCCUGAAAGGAAACGUGUACGAAGGAUUAGUGAUCGCAUUUUGUAUCUUUCCCACCCUGCUAUGUAAUAGUAUUAUUUUGGAAAGAUUCCUUCGUCCAUUCAAAGACUCUUCUCUGCUUCAAACCGGUAGAAUUUACAAUGCGAACAAAGCAAAAGAUGUCUCAAUUUCUGAAAGAGAAGAGUUCCGUCGCUGGUUGGUGGACUGUCAUAAAGCAAGUUAUUUGCCUACUUGCUUAUCGGGUGGAAAGACAUCACUUUUUACAGCAGAACCCGCCCUUACUGUACCUAAAGUGGGAGAGGAAGUGGCACAUUCCCAGCAAUGGAAAGAUUUACUUCGACGCCAAAAAACGCAGAAGGGAAGAAUCCUUCGCCACGAUUAAUCACCAAUGUUACAACAUACAACACAAAUUUCCACGAAUGACUUGUUGUUUCGUCCCCACUUGAACAAGCGUGUUGUAUUCGGCCAUCAAGCCAUUGAUUUUACUACGUGUGAGCAGUGAUUAAAAAUUUCUUGGACUAAAAGUUUUAGAGGAUA